GGACCAACGAUUUGCUGAAGCAGAAGGAAGCUGCCAGCAACGUUGAGGCAACCUCAACAAAGAGCUCAGGUUCGGUUAGUUCUCUGCAAGUUCUCCAUCCCUCCCAUAAAGUGAUACCAUUUACAAUAUUUUCUAGGUCAUGGUCUCUAGGCAUCUGGUCUCCUGAGCUUGCUCCCAAUGCUCCCUUCAUGGCAUCAGGUAAAGUUUAUAGAAUCCAGGACUGGUUUCCUCUUGUUGCAGCAGCAGGCAGAUGCUGAGAGCAGACCCUCGGACAGGGCUACACAAUUGCGGAGCUGCCAUGACAUGCUCUGGAAAACAAAAAUAAUCACCGAAUACCAAAAUAUAUGUAAAUGCACUUCCCCCCACCUUGACUCAAGAAUGUGAUCAUGAACCUUAGCAAAACAAAGCAGUGGUGCCGACUCAGUCUUCUGAACAUUGGCCCUGAACCUGGACGUGCUUUUAAAUUGGGCUAAGGGUUUAACAGUGAGCGGACUCAUUUAACUGUUUCUAGCUAUCUCCUCCAUUCUGGCUUUGUCCCAGAGACUUCUGAUGGCUCCGGCAACAUCGGAGUCAGUAUCUCUGAUGUGUUUGCAUCUGACCUCUAACCCACACAUCAGUGUUAUUUUCAGCUGUUCUUGACAGGGAUCCAACAGCUGCCGUUUAAUACCACAGACAACUUGGGACACACUGAGUUUCUAGCAACAGAAUUAAUAUGCCCGUCUUGGGCUCUCAUUCAAAGCUGUCUAUAAUUUCCCUGCAGAGGCAAUGGGAGAAUAAAACCCAAAUCUGAAGUACCAUGUUAUCUUUUACUGCAUUAUAGAAAAAUAUGCAUAGUGUUCAACUUUAAUUAAACAAAAAGUUAUUCUUGCUGCCAUUAAAAGGUAACAGCAAAGUGUGUUACUUGUUUGUAUUUGUGAUAACUGAGUUCAAAAAUGCUAUUCAGUGGAGUACAGUAGUCAGGAAGAAAUUCUGAAAUGGUGGUUUUCUUCUGGUAAAUGCUUGUUGAAAUAUUUUUUAAAUGUCCCUAAGAAAUCUGAGGCUCUGAGAAAAUGUGAUUAUUACAUAAAAACUCUAUUUGACAAAAGGCAGUAAGUUUUAGAAAAGUAGAUUAAUCUAAAAAUAUAUUUCAAGCAAUUUUGUAGCUUGCCUAAUCCCAAAACCAAAUGCCAGAACUUAUUUUUAAAGUGUAUUUGGGAGCUUUCCUUUGCAUAGAAGAGACUUCAGAAGUCCUGAGAAGUUGAUAUCCAGGUCAAUGACUGGCUGGUUUCGAAGUCCACUAUAACUGUAUAGAUUCAAUGGCAAAAUUUAUUUGGGUUGUCAGAAUGUAAUUUUUUUCCCAUUUGCUAUCAAACGUCAGCUGAUAGGAAGAGAGCUAGAAACUGCCCCCUACAUUUAAGAUAAUGGCAAAAAUAACAGGCACUUAGCGUUACCAUACUAGGGGUGUGGCGAUGCUCUCCGGCUCUCCUCUCUCUCUCUGCCUCAUGAUAAACUCAAUGGGUUGUCUAUUUUUAACCUCCUGUUCUUUCCUUCUGGCAGAGUAAUCAGUGCGAGCUGAGCUCUUCCCCUGAAUGAAUCCAAGUAACCCCCGUGGUUGCCUUCUGAAAUGACCAGCAGACGCACAUCUGUACAAAGGCUGCCCAAAGUAUAAAGUCUGGUUCUGAAGUACCAUGUCCAGCCAAGGAAGUCCAGGCGUGGAGUUUUCUACGACAACAGUCAGUUCAGUAGCUGUGCAGGCGGGGGACUCCAAAAUCGUUAUAGCUGUCGUAAAGUGUGGCAAAUGGGUACAACUUCAGCUGGCUGACUCACAGCCCAAUAUUUUAGAAAUUGGUAGCAAUCAAGAUGAAACCCAAAAACUUCUUCAUGAUCACGAACUUCUUUUGGCCAAGCUUAAGGCUUUGGAAGAUCGGGUAUGGGAACUCUUGCAGGAAGCAGACAAGACGGCCGCAGAGAACAAGGAUCAGAGUCAGGUGUAUGACGCCAUGGCCAGCACCCUGGGGGAAGCCUGGGCAGCCCUGAUCUCCAUGCUUGAAAGACGAAGGGAGCUCCUCAAAUUGACCUCUGAAUUUUUUGAAAGUGCCUUGGAGUUUGCUAUUAAAAUUGAUCAAGCAGAAGAUUUCCUGCAGAACACUCAGGAGUUUGAGAGCACGGAGUCCUUAAAAUCACUCCUUCAGCUUCAUGAACGUCAUGCCAAAGAACUCUUAGAAUGCUCUCUAGCCCUUUUAAACAAAAGUCAACAACUCACUGACUUCAUAGAAACAUUCAAGUGUGAUGGACCUAAUGUAAAUCCCAAGUUGAUGCAGGGAGCUCGUAAUAGCUGCCUGAAGAUCGACAGUCUUCUUGAACUUCUACAAGACAGGAGACGGCAACUAGACAAGUACCUGAAGCAACAGCGGCAGGAAUUGAGUCAGGUUCUGCAGAUAUGUCAGUGGGACCAACAAGAAAGUCAGGUUACUUGUUGGUUUCAGAAAACCAUAAGAGAUUUACAGGAACAAAGUCUAGGUUCAUCACUUUCAGACAAUGAGGAGCUAAUCCGUAAACAUGAGGAGCUGAAAAUAAAAGCAAAGGAAUGGACUUCCAGUGUUGAGAAGCUGAAGACCGAGGCACUUGAGAUCCUGCUGUCCACGGGCCACGUGGAGAAGGAGCAUCUCCAGCUCUCUCACCAGAAACUGAAGCGGCUUCAGGAAGAAUUUGGCCAACUCAUCGUGGAAAGGGAAAGCUGGUUGAAGAAGGCAAAUGAUUUUUUUAACAGUGCCAACAAGGCAUUUGAUGUACUUGGAAGAGUUGAAGCUUACCUUAAGCUCCUUAAAUCAGAGGGCUUAAGUCUGCCUGUCUUGGCAGCAAGGCAUGAGGAAUUACACAGAGAAAUUAAAGACUGCGCAGCUGAAGCUUUGCAAAAGGGACAAGCCUUAAUCAGCCAAGUAGACUCCUGCAGCUCUCGGGUGACUGGCGUCCAGGAGAUGAUGGGAUGUAUUCAGAGACGAGUGGAUCAUCUGACUGAACAGUGUUCGGCGCACAAGGAAUUUGCUCUUAAGAAACAACAAUUUGCAGCCUCAGUGGAGGGCUACCUAAGAAAGGUGGAAAUGUCAAUACAGGAAAUCAGUCCAGUACUUUCCAUUGCAAUGGAUGUUGGUUCCAGCCUUUCUGAAUCAGAGAAGAUUUUGAGUAGAUAUCUGGAACUAGAUAGUCAAGCUAAGGAAACAUCUCAUGAAUUAGAAGCAGCUGCAAAACUUAUGACAGAGAAAAAUGAAUUUGAACUCGAUGAAGUGGCAUCGCUUUCUUCUAAAGCUAAAUGGCUAGAGGAAGAAUUAAACAUACUCGUCCAAAACAUCAGCUCUAGGUCACAAGUUCUGCAAACCUAUGUGGCAUUUCUAAAGUCAUCAGAGGAGGCAGAGGCGCAGUGUCAGCGCCUGAAGGAGUUUUACCGAGCCGAGGACCCGCGGCAGGAAGGGGAGACCUCAGAAGCCAAGCGUCGGUCUGACUCAGCUGAGAGGCAGUGGCUGCUCUUUUUGAAGAGAAGUUUUUUAGUUCAAGACCUAGGGCUUGAAUUCCUUAAUUUAAUGAAUAUGGCACAAGAGAAUGAACUAUUAAAUGUGGAAGAAAAAGUGCACUUUGUGGAGAACACUAUGGAAAACCAGAAGGCAGAAAGGGAAGAACUCAGCCGCCUUCGGAUGGCGUGGCAGCUUACAGCCUCUGCACGCAGGCCCACGAAACAGCAGUGGGGAGCCUUCAAAGAGCAACUUAGAAAGACUACUCACAGCUUAAAGCUCCUUCAGGAAGCACUUACACCUGUGUCUGCACUUGACCUUGGAGGGAGCCUCCAGACCACUCUAGGUCUAAGGAAGAAAUGGAAUGCAAUGAAGCCUCAGUUCCAGCAACUGAAUGACGAGGUUCAAUACAUUGUCAAAGAAUCAGAAGCGUUGCAUGGCAGAGGCGCCCCUGUGAAAGAGAAGUCUCAGCAGCUGCGGGAUCUCAUUCACCUUCAUCAAAAACAGCAGGAGAGGAUCCGCGACUACGAGGAUGUCCUGUACAAGACACUCCGGUUCCACCAAGUUAAGGAAGAGCUGGAAGGUCUCAUCAGAUCAAGCAAGUUGGCAUUUCCAGAGGAGCUGAUGGGCCUGGACAACGCUCAGGAUGCCCAGGUUCAGCUCAGUCGCUCUCAGGAAAAGCAGGCUCGCGCAGACCAUCUCCACAAACUGGCCCUUUGCCUGGGAGUGGACGUCAUCUCAUCAGUGCAGCGGCCUAACUGCUCAAAUGCGUCUGCAAAGAACCUACAGCAGCAGCUGGACGUCCUCGAGGGGGAGAGAGUGACCUGGCGUGCCAAAGCUGAGGCGGGCGAGCAGGCGCUGGCCCACAGCUUGCAGUUCUACACCAUGAGGGACGAGAUAAGUGAGCUCAGGGAGUCAUUCAAAGACAUCAAAAAGAAAUUUAACAAUUUGAAGUUUAACUACUCUAAGAAAAAUGAAAAAGCCAAGAAUCUGAAGGCUCUGAAAUAUCAAAUUCAACAAGUUGACAUGCACACUGAAAAAAUACAGGCUUUAAAAAGGAAAAUGGAAAAAGUUGAGAAUAAGACUUCUGAUUCUUUCUUAAAUUAUCCAAAUAAUAAAGUCACUGCCCUUUUGGAGGCCAUGAAGGAUUUGCAAAAACACGUGGAGGAGUUUGACAAAGUCGUAACAGAUUACAAGAAGAAUUUGGACCUGACAGAGCAUCUCCAGGAGAUGACCGCAGAGUGUCACUUUUGGUGUGAAGAUGCAAGUGCCACAGUUGUAAGAGUUGGAAAAUAUUCCACAGAAUGCCAGACAAAAGAAGCUGUGGAAAUUCUCCACCAGCAGUUCAAUAAGUUUAUCACACCUUCUGUGCCUCAGCAAGAAGAAAGGAUUCAGGAGAUCAGUGACCUUGCUCAGCGAUUAUAUGGUUUUGAAGAAGGGCAGAAAUAUGCUGAAAAAAUAGUGGCCAAACACAAAGAAGUUCUUGAAUCUAUUACUGAAUUAUGUGCUUCUCUCACAGAGCUUGAAGAAAAGCUGAAGGGAGAUGUUUUAAAGAGGAAUCUGAAUUCAGAAGAUUUCCAUGAUAGUUGCAUUGACUUACUGAAAGAACCAGUAAGAAAUAAGCAUCCAAUAUCCAAAGAAGAAUUGAAUAAGGAACAGGCGCAGGCAGCAGCUAUUUUGGCCACCAACGGAACAGGAGAGGGCCAGCCUCCUCAGGACCCGAAGCAGCUCUCCUCUGGCAGGGAGGGUGGAGCCCAAGGCCUGCUCCUGCCUGCGGACAUGCUUUCAGGAGAAGAACAUGAGUGUGUCUCACCUGAUGACAUCUCCUUGCCUCCACUCCCCGGGAGCCCUGAUUCCCCCCUCGGCCCAUAUGACAUGGAAGUCGAGGAACAUGCCAGCCCCUCCCUCAGGCUUCACAUAAGCAGCUACAGGAUGCAGACUGCGGCCAGCUGUCCAGAGGAAGCCCAGGAAACUGGCAUUCCACCACCUGCUGCUUUUGCUGAUACUUGGGAUGAUAAGAGAGAAACAUUUUCAAGUCAUUUUGAGAAGCCUCACCCCCAGUUCAAAGCUGAGCCCCCAUUAACCUCUGGAGGACUGCUGGAAAAGAGUACUGCCAUCAGCAAAAUCAGUGCUAAACAUCCUGAGAGCAUGCCGAGUGAACUGCAUGAGAGAGCUUUACAACAGCACCUGCAGGCUCAGGAAAGUUUGCUAGAAACACAGGAGAAAAUGCAUGCUGAUAAUAAUGUCACUAAAACCCAAGAUAGGCUGCAUGCUUCCCAGGAUGCAUUCUCGGGCCUGGGGUUUCAAUUAGGCCCCAGCCGGGCCUAUCAGAGGCAAAUGGUUCCCCGAGAAGAGAUUAAAAGUACAUCAGCAAAGAACAGUGUGGUCAGCCUAGCUGGCCAGGCACCUAAUUUCUCCAGGCUCCUGUCUAACGUAACUGUCAUGGAAGGUUCUCCAGUGACUUUGGAAGUCGAAGUAACAGGAUUUCCAGAGCCUACACUGACAUGGUACAAGAAGGGCCAGAAAUUAUCUGCAGACGGACACUUACAGGUUUUCCACAAGGAGACACGACAUUCGGUGUUCAUUCCGAAGGUAUGUGGGGCAGACGCAGGCCUCUAUGUGGCUUGGGCCCAAAACUCCAGUGGCAAACUCUCUUCCAGUGUCAUCCUCCAUGUGACAGGUAACCGCAGGCCUCCAAUCACAAGAAUAAACUGGAUAACGCUGUGUGUCAUCUAUGUGAGUGUAUCGCUAAUGUACUGGCUGCUCCUGCAGUAACUGGGCUUGGCACCCAUGAACGUCACUCUCACGAGCCCAAAGGACAAUACAGUUGUUUGUUUUCCUGCGUCUCCGACAAAGCAGCACGUCCGACCAAGUAUCCCUCCAUUCUGACCAUACUGCUUGUUUGGCUAGUACCACUGUUUGGUGCAAGUUUUCUUCAGUGCUUUCACCUAUUUGAGGAGCUUGGUAAAUUAUUUGCUGUGGAUAAGGAUACAUUUUUUGUAUUCUACAAAGAGACAUGUUCAAUAUAAAACCCAGUAAAAGCACACUAUGUUUAUUCCCUCCUAAUUUAGGAGCAUGCAUGCAGAUGAAGGCUCACAGCAUAAAGAUGUGUAAAAUUUCAAAUCCAAACGUUUGAAAAUUUAAUUUUAAUUGUACUCAUAAAUAUCUCUUUGUAGAAUAACAGUAAAACUAUUGAACUGACGUUCUAAUUUUCUUUUGCGCAUUAGGUGUCCUUUAAUUUUGUCUUUCAUGUCUUGAUCUCAUUUACUGAAAUAUGUUCGAUGUGGCUUUAACGGAGCCUCCAUUCCUGAGUCUGAGGUUAAUGCUGUAAAUAACCACUCCUCUUGUUGAUCUCGAGAGUUUGACACUGGAGAAUAAAUGUGCCGACAACUUUAAGGGGAGUUUCAAACCUCUGUCAGCUAUGCAGGUCACAGAGCAGGGUGGGACACAGGCAGUGAGCACAGACCAACAUUACUCCUGUCGUUCCCUCGGCACGUUGUGGGCAGCCGUGUAUACGAUUGCAGCCAGUUCCUCCUGCUUCUAAUCUUGGCUCUGCUGCUGACUAUUUUUGCAGCCGAUUGUAAGGCAUAUUAGUAGUGCCUCAGUUUCCCAUUUGGAAAAAUGGGUUCAUCAUCUACCUCUUGGACAAUUGAGAGUUUUUAUUUCAUGUCUUACAAAGACCUGGAAAAUGAAAAGUGUGCAGUGAGGCUACAGAUAAUUGUAUUGUUGAGUCUAGUUUGUCAUCACGCUGCCUCCUGCCCACUGUUUUUCUUUUAGAUGUUGUUUCUUUAGAGUAUUUAAUUAAAAAGAUUUCUGUAGUAUGUGAUCUCUAAUUAGUCCCAUGUGAGAAAAUUAUGUUUUAUGAAUUGGAGCUUAAAUUCCUCUCUAAUUUCUUAAGACUACAUCCUUCUUGGAGAUUUGAAAUUAAACCCAAGAAGGUGCAUUUAGUAUGAUCUGAGUGGUGGGGGGAGUGACAUCAGAUGAAUUCUAUCCUUUAUUGUAAUUAUCACUGCAGUUUUGAAGAAUGUUCUAUACCUUUCUGAAAUAUAUUAUUCAAAAAAGGGGAUUAUCUUUUUGGCUCCUUUAAAAAAUAAAUGUGAAUAAGAGAUGCAUUUGUUUUUAGAUUUUAAACAUAGUCUUGUCAUACUAGCAUAAAGUCUUGAGUUGAAAGAAUAAUUCAUUAUAGUUUUUUGAUGAAGGGAAGGAAUUAAUGAUGUUGCUGUAAGACUGUCUACAAAUAAUAAAAUAUUUAAAUAUAAUAUAUUCAGGUAGAUAUUAAAAGUUACUGAAUGUUAUCUGAAGAUGUGAAAUGUAUGGUUGAGUAAAAAGUUACACUUUUUGCGCUGUAUAUUUAGUUUAAUUAAAAUAUUAAAUCUCUUAACUUUCCUCCAAUUUUUGACAUAAGCCUAUUACAAGCUUAUAGAUACAGCAUCCCAGGGAAUACAUAG